AUCUUUUUCUUCCUUUUCUAUCCCUCUUCCUCCUCGUACUCCCCUCGCCCCCUCGCCCUCGUACUCUCCCUUUUAUCUCAUCAUCUCUCUAUCUCCUUAUCCUCCACUUUCAUCACCACAGGAAUUUUAAUAUCUCAUCCACAUCAUCCAUAUCAUCCACAUCAAAAUAAUCAUCCAAUGGCGCCCUGCACAGAAUUCCAAGCCUGUAUCAACCCAACGCCCACAAAGGCCCGAGUGAUCAUUGUGGGCGCUGGAAUUGGCGGCAUUGUGUUUGCAGCAUUGAUGGAAAAGGCCGGGAUUGAAUACCAGGUCUUGGAGCGAGCUGCCAAGGUCAUCCCUCUUGGAUCCGCUCUCAGUUUUGGUCCCAAUGUGAUGUACCUGUUUGAACAGCUGGGUAUCUUGGAUGAAAUCAUGGCCAAUGCUAAACACUUUGCAUUCUCGACUGGAUACAAUGAAAACCGGGAAGCUACCCGGACACUGGUUUAUAGCCCGGUAGAGAAAAUUGGAGGUUAUCUUCCUCAUAUUAUCGCUCGUCCUAUUUUAGUGGACAUCUUGAUGAAGCUGGUUCCGCUUCACAAGAUCCAUUAUUCCAAAAAGAUCCUUUCUUGUAAACAGGAUCGUGAGGGCGUCAUCAUUUCAUGUUCCGAUAAUUCGACCUAUCAAGCCGAGAUUGUCGUGGGUGCAGACGGUGCUUAUUCAAGUGUUCGGCAAAAUCUUUAUAAACAAUUGCUGGCUCAGGAUCGGUUACCGAAGAGUGAUCAGGCCGAAUUGCCCUUCAAUACGACCUGUCUCGUCGGACAGACCAAGCCCUUGGACCCUGAGAAGUUUCCUCAUUUGAAGGAUAAUCAUACUUGGUUUGAAACGACGAUUGGAGAAGGCAAGCCUUAUUCUUGGGUCACUUUCACCACCAAGUUCAAUACGAUCUGCUGGAUGGUCUUGGAACAUCUGGAUGGAGAAUCCUCCAAGGGAAGUGAAUCGUUCCAGAACACAGAAUGGGGUCCAGAGGCAGCAGAGAUGAUGUGCAAAGCCGUGAAAGAUUUCCCUGUUCCUCGGAAUAAUUUGACCUUGGGCGACUUGUUUGAGAACACACCGAAGGAAUAUAUUUCCAAAGUCAUGUUGGAGGAGAAAUUGUUCGACACCUGGUAUGGAGGACGGAUGGUCCUCAUUGGAGAUGCAUGUCACAAGUUGUUCCCAUCCGCUGGUCUUGGCGCUGUGAGUGCAAUGCAGGAUGCAGUGACUCUUGCAAAUUGUAUUUACGAAUUACCGGAACACCCAACGACCGAGGAAAUCUCCAAUGCCUUCAAGCAUUACCAGGAUGAACGGUAUCCCCUGGCCAAGAAUGCUUAUGACACCAGCCAUCGUCUCGCUCUUGUCAUUGGCCAGCGCUGGUACAAUAGCGUCAUCCGUGGGUUGAUGAAGGUCCUGCCCAAGAGUGUCUUCACAAAGUCAUUAUCAGUCAUGCACUCAUACCGCCCUCAGGCAUCUUUCCUCACACCUGUUCAAGACAAGGGUGAAAUCCCUCCAGUACCUCAGGCUAGUCUGGAUCGUGCUAGAGCCAACGCCAAGGCCAGAGCCUUGAAAAAUCCCAAGGAUCAAUCACAAACUGGUGCACAGGCCAUUUAAACAUUUUAGGAGCAAAAGCAUUAAGCAUUAAGCAUAAUCAUUUAGGCAUUUCCCAAAUUAAAUUCCAAAUUCAUAAAUAUAUAGAUUACAUUCACACAAUUAGCACAAUC